AGGCCGGCGUCCGGGUGCACUACAGGCCCCCCGUCCCUCCUUCCCCAGGCCAGCCCCUCGCUCCGGAUUGGUCCUUCAGGAAACGCUGUGGGGCGUCUCGGUCCCCGCUGCGGAGCCGGCCUAGGCUGGAGGGCGGGGUUUGCCCUGGGCCGCUGCCGGUCAGGUCGGCCGCCCCUGACAGCUCCGGGAGCCUCAAGCGCGACAGCGGCGCCCUCACCUCGGGACAUCCACACACCGACCGCUCCUGCUCCAGAGGCAACCACCCAGCGCGCCUAGCCUGGCGCCGUGCAGCGAAGCCCAAGAGCUGGCCUCGCCACGAAGGAAUAUUAGAAGCUCCAGGACUCCUUGAUACGACCAGGAAAAGAUCGCAACCGGGUCUUUAAAAUAUCGAUUCCAGCCAGCUUCUGCGUGCUUGACACAUCUUGGCAGAUGGAGAAGUCAAGGCAAUAGUUCUGACAAGUUUGGAAGUUACACAAAUCGCGUUUGCAAUUGAGGCCGCGGGAAUCCAAAAGGGAAACAAACGAAACCAGAUGAAAAAAAGUGAUUCCAAGUCAAGAUUUCAAAUAGGAAUCUAAGAGAUGGGGUCUCACUGUGUUGCCUAGGCUGGUCUUGAGCUCCUGGACUCAAACCAUCCACCCAUCUCGGUCUCCCAAAGUGCUGGGAUUAUAGGUGUGAGCCACCACAACCAGCCUAUUUUCUUUUUAAAGGAUGAACCAGCCAAAUUUUCAAGACAGCUCACGGCUUAGAGGAAGGUUCAUCUAAAUAAAGGCCGGCUAAAGUGACAUUGCAGGGAUUAAAUCCUUCUUUGGCUGCCUGUGUGACCAGAAGGCUUAUUUGCAAGUUUCUUCUUUCCUGGGGUCCAGAUUAUUAGGUCUCCAGCGCCCUGCAGCUUGACAGAAAGAGAAGCAUGAAAUGAAGGUCAGAGAUGAGAUCCCGCGGCAGGGACUUGGGGGCCUCCCAGGGGCAUUUACACACCAGAAUGCAAGAUUCUCUGGCCAUCAAGGGAAAUAGCAAACAGAAGCCUUUGUCCUGGGGCACAGCCACCUACCACAAAGCAUCAGACUCCACGUCUGGUCAGAAAGUUCCUGGAGUCCCAUCAGGCCAGUGGGUAUGUAACAUGUGCCUAAUUGUACAGCUAGAGCCUGCAAGUUCAGCGUGAGGGAAGGUGGGAAAUGUCUUGAGUGAGGCGAGCAGCUCCUGGCUGGGCUGGGCAGACUCAGCUACCACGUUCACUGCCUUCCUCUCACUAAAGCCGAGAGGGAGGCUGCUCAGCUCUCAGGAAAACUCUUUUGAACCCUGGGCACCUGCUGUCCUCAGUUGGCAUCUCCCACCCUCUGAGCCUCUUCUGCUCCUGCACAACCUGCCUCUUCACUGAGAUGGAGACGUGAGCCCCCGUGGACAAUGACUGCAGUGUAUAUGAAUGGAGGUGGCCUGGUGAACCCCCACUAUGCCCGGUGGGAUCGGCGCGACAGUGUAGAAAGUGGCUGUCAGACCGAGAGCAGCAAGGAGGGUGAGGAGGGACAGCCCCGCCAGCUGACGCCCUUCGAGAAACUGACACAGGACAUGUCCCAGGAUGAGAAGGUGGUGAGGGAGAUCACGCUGGGGAAACGGAUAGGCUUCUACCGAAUUCGAGGGGAAAUCGGAAGUGGAAACUUCUCCCAAGUGAAGCUCGGGAUUCACUCCCUAACCAAAGAAAAGGUGGCCAUUAAGAUCCUGGACAAGACCAAGUUAGACCAGAAAACCCAGAGGCUACUAUCCCGAGAAAUCUCCAGCAUGGAAAAGCUGCACCAUCCCAACAUCAUCCGCCUUUACGAAGUAGUGGAGACCCUAUCCAAGCUGCACUUGGUGAUGGAGUAUGCAGGGGGUGGGGAGCUCUUCGGAAAAAUUAGCACUGAGGGGAAGCUCUCUGAACCAGAAAGCAAGCUCAUCUUCUCCCAGAUUGUGUCUGCCGUGAAGCACAUGCAUGAAAACCAAAUUAUUCAUAGAGAUCUGAAAGCAGAAAAUGUAUUCUAUACCAGUAAUACUUGUGUGAAGGUGGGCGAUUUUGGAUUCAGCACAGUAAGCAAAAAAGGUGAAAUGCUGAACACUUUCUGUGGGUCUCCUCCCUACGCUGCGCCUGAACUCUUCCGGGACGAGCACUACAUUGGCAUUUACGUGGAUAUCUGGGCCUUGGGGGUGCUUUUGUACUUCAUGGUGACUGGCACCAUGCCAUUUCGGGCAGAAACCGUGGCCAAACUAAAAAAGAGCAUCCUCGAGGGCACAUACAGUGUACCACCGCACGUGUCAGAGCCCUGCCACCGACUCAUCCGAGGAGUCCUUCAGCAGAUCCCCACGGAGAGGUACGGAAUCGACUGCAUCAUGAAUGAUGAAUGGAUGCAAGGGGUGCCAUACCCUACACCUUUGGAACCUUUCCAACUGGAUCCCAAACAUUUGUCGGAAACCAGCACUCUCAAGGAAGAAGAAAAUGAGGUCAAAAGCACUUUAGAACAUUUGGGCAUUACAGAAGAGCAUAUUCGAAAUAACCAAGGGAGAGAUGCUCGCAGCUCAAUCACAGGGGUCUAUAGAAUUAUUUUACAUAGAGUCCAAAGGAAGAAGGCUUUGGAAAGUGUCCCAGUCAUGAUGCUACCAGACCCUAAAGAAAGAGACCUCAAAAAAGGGUUCCGUGUCUACAGAGGGAUAAGACACACAUCCAAAUUUUGCUCGAUUUUAUAAAUUGCACUAGACUGCUUGUAAUUAACCAAGAGGAUUGUUGCUGCUUCUAAAUUUUUUUCAAGGACAACUUGAGUGGAGACAUUUUUGUAAUUUUUAAAUAAACUUAAAUUUGAGAUAUGCA